AUGAGUACCAAAGAAGUUUUGCGAAGGGAUGGUCACAAUGCCAGUUUGAAUUUGAGUAAGGUAGCGGGGAUAUUUUACAUUUUGAUGGGCGGUAUGAUUGCUUCAAUGCUUGCCGCUCUUGGCGAGUUUCUUUACCGCUCACGUAUUGAAGCUCGCAAAGGCAAUGUUACGUCCCUGCUCGGGAGUCUCGCUGUAAGUCCCAUUUACGUUGCAACAUAUUUAGAAAUAUUAUUUUCUUGUUCCCUUUUGUCUGUGAAGGGUCUAGUGUUAACAGAGGCAAAAAUCGCAAUAGUGAAACGGUAA